AUGACGCUACAACUGCUACGCGGCAUACGUAAUUCAUUUGCAAUUCGUUUUGAAAAUCGUACACAUUUCAGUCGCCAUUGCAGGUUCUUACGUAGCCAAUACCGUUAUUCGGAGUGGGGGUCUCGAGGAGCGAGAGGGGCACGUAUCAGCGGCACGAUUGCAACGCGAGUUCACUCUGUCACUCGGUCAUUACGGUAUUUCUCUGUUGUGCGUCCCACAUUUACGAUCGUGAAAGAAAAAGUGACAAUGCCCGAAAACAAACCAUUUCAGCGACUUCCCAAAAAUGUUAUACCUAAACAUUACGAUUUAGAAUUAACACCGAACCUGGAGAAAUUAACGUUCACAGGAAAGACAGCAGUGAAAGUAUCGAUCGUGAAUUCUACUAAAGAGAUAGUGCUGAAUAGUUUGGAUUUGGAGUUGAAGAGCGUCAAACUCCAAUAUAACGAUGGUGGAUCGGAUUCAACGCUCAGCCCGGUGGAAGUGCGUCUGAACGCUGCUGAUGAGACGGCGUGUAUAGUGUUCGACAAACCGCUUCCGGAGGGCGAGGCAAUGCUGUUUUGCGAAUUUAACGGCGAGAUCAACGACAAGAUGAAAGGAUUAUACCGCAGCAAGUACUUGACUCCGGCCGGCGAAGAGCGCUACGCCGCCGUCACUCAGUUCGAAGCAACAGAUGCCCGUCGAUGCUUCCCGUGCUGGGACGAGCCUGCCAUCAAGGCCACGUUUGACAUCUCACUCGACGUCCCAGCUGAUCGCGUUGCUCUUUCAAACAUGCCUGUCAGAGAGGAAAGGAUUGAGGGUGGUAAAAAGUUCCUUCGUUUUGAUACCACUCCUGUGAUGUCGACCUACCUUGUGGCCGUGGUGGUCGGCGAAUAUGAUUAUGUAGAGAAAAAAUCCAGAGAUGGUGUGCUUGUACGUGUUUACACUCCUGUUGGCAAAAGUAAACAAGGCAUGUUUGCCCUAGAAGUUGCAGCAAGGGUGCUGCCGUACUAUAAAGAGUACUUUGAUAUUGCUUAUCCACUGCCUAAGAUUGAUUUAAUAGCCAUAGCUGAUUUCUCUGCUGGAGCAAUGGAGAACUGGGGUCUUGUGACCUACAGAGAGACCUGCCUUCUGGUGGAUGAAGAGCACACCUCUGCUGUGAGGAGGCAGUGGAUAGCCCUCGUUGUAGGCCAUGAGUUGGCUCAUCAGUGGUUUGGCAACCUGGUCACCAUGGAGUGGUGGACUCAUCUCUGGUUGAAUGAAGGAUAUGCUUCUUUUGUGGAAUUCCUCUGUGUUAACCAUCUGUUCCCUGAGUAUGACAUUUGGACACAAUUUGUCACUGAAACAUACAUUAGGGCAUUGGAAUUGGAUUGUUUGAAAAAUUCUCAUCCUAUAGAGGUGCCUGUGGGACACCCAUCAGAAAUUGAUGAAAUCUUUGAUGACAUAUCAUAUAACAAAGGAGCUUCUGUGAUUCGUAUGCUGCAUAGAUACAUUGGUGAUGAUGACUUCCGGAAGGGAAUGAAUAUCUAUCUGACAAGACAUCAGUACAAGAACACCUUCACAGAAGACUUGUGGGCUGCCUUGGAGGAAGCUUCAAAUAAGCCAGUUGGAGCUGUUAUGUCAACUUGGACUAAACAGAUGGGUUUUCCUAUGGUGCAGGUGAGCUCGGAACAAAGAGGACCAGACCGCGUCCUCACGCUGACUCAGCAAAAGUUCUGCGCCGACGGCAGUUUGGGCGACGAUACCCUUUGGAUGGUGCCAAUAACAAUAUCUACUCAGGAACAACCUUCAAAGGUGGCAUUGUCAACAGUUUUAGAGCAGAGAACUCAAGAAGUUGUCUUAGAAAAUGUUGCUGAAUCUUCAUGGGUCAAACUCAACCCUGGCACUGUGGGGUACUACCGCACGCGGUACCCGGCGUCGAUGCUGGCGCAGCUGGUGACGGCGGUGCGCGACGGCUCGCUGCCGCCGCUCGACCGCCUCGGGCUGCUUGACGACUGCUUCGCGCUCGUGCAGGCCGGACACACGCACACGGCCGAGUCCCUGAAACUCAUAGAGGCGUUCAGCGACGAGACGAACUUCACGGUGUGGUCGUCGAUAUCCAACUGUCUAUCCAAGCUGAGCGCUCUGUUCUCGCACACGGCGCUGGACAAGCCGCUCAAGAACUACGGCCGCAAGCUGUUCGCCGGCGUCACGCGGCGCCUGCGCUGGGACGCCGAGGAGAAGGAGAGCCACCUCGACACGCUGCUCCGGAGCCUCGUGCUCAACAAGAUGAUCAGCUUUGAGGACCCGGAUACUAUCAAAGAGGCUAAGAAUCGUUUCGAGAAGCACAUAUCGGGCGCGUGCACGCUGCCGGCCGACCUGCGCUCGGCGUGCUACCGCGCCGUGCUGGCCGACGCCGACGCCGCCACCUUCGAGCGCUUCCUGGCGCUCUACCGCGCCGCCGACCUGCACGAGGAGAAGGACCGCAUCAGCCGCGCGCUCGGCGCCGUGCGCGACCCCGCGCUGCUCACCCGCGUGCUCGACUUCGCGCUCUCCGAUGAAGUGCGUUCCCAAGACACGGUGUUCGUGGUGGUGUCGGUGGCGGUGAGCAGGAACGGGCGCGACCUCGCCUGGCAGUUCUUCAAGGACCACUGGCAGGAGUUCAUGGACCGGUAUCAGGGCGGUUUCCUACUGGCGCGGCUAGUGAAGUCGACGACAGAGAACUUCGCGUCGGAGGCGGCGGCGCAGGAGAUCGAGGCGUUCUUCCGCGCGCACCACUCGCCCGGCACCGAGCGCUCCGUGCAGCAGGCGCUCGAGACCGUGCGCCUCAACGCCGCCUGGCUGCGCCGCGACCUCGCCUCCGCCACCGCCUACCUGCAGGCCUACCACUGACCAGGACCAAAUAAUAAAUGCAAGACUGAAACUACAACGAAAUCCCCAGUUAUGUUUCAAUCGAAGAAUAAGUACCUAGCGAGCAAGCUUUAUUUAUUUCCAGUGACAUUCUUUAUUGUAAAUUUGUACGGGAGUUGAUAUUGUAUUAUAUUUACUUGUAGUAUUCUAUUUAUGUAACAAUAAAACACUCCUAAGUUAAUGCAUUUCGUUACACUUCUAAUAAUAUAGGUUGUUAGGACUAGAAAUAAUUACUGCAGAUAUUUUAGAGCGCUAACACAGCUGUUCGACUGAUUCGAAUGCGUUUGGCAUUCAACGUGCAUGCUGCUAGCAAAAGUCGCACUGGCCACUGAUUGCACGUUCAUAGUAGCGCCAAUCGCAUAAAGCACCAGAACGGCCAUUGAAAUGACCAACCGCGUUGCGUUGCUUAGACAUUGGUGUCAUAAAUAAAUAUGGUCAUGCCGAUUGUUGUUUGUAAAGUAGUCCCAGCGUCAAAUGAGAAAGUCAUUGAUACAAGGUUUUUCUAUUCAAAGCCAUAGCAUGUCCUUUGUAUAAAUGUGUAAAAAUGUUAUUAUAUUUUGUUUAAAUAUGUUUACGAGUGAUUAAUAUUGGUGCUGAAUACAUUUUUGUUUUGUUUCAAACCCGUAAAUCUCUUUAGUUUAUUUGUUGAGUAAUAAUUCAUUGUAUGCCUUCAUAAGUAAUUCUAUAGUUAGAUAGACAUUCGACUAUGUAUCACUAUCGUGCAAUAGGUUUGCAUAUUAUAAGGAUGUUUUGGAUCUGACUUUAUUGGUUUCUAAGUCAGUCAAAAUUAUAAUGAUUGUGAUGUUAAGUGGUUAAUAAUUCGAAGUUACCAACAUAAUUAAUUGCCUCAUUUGUUGUCAUCACUGAUUUCUUUUGUAAGACUGUGUUAUUGCAAUAAAUCGUACAAAAUUA